AGAUGAAUAUGUGGUGUGUGUGUGUAAAUAUCGACGACGACACGAGAGAGAGAGAGAGAGAGAGAGAGAGAGAGAGAGAGGGAGAGGGAGAGACUUUGUUGCGUGGAAGAAGAAGAAAGAAGAAGAAGAAGAUGAUGAUAUUAUCGAACAUCCAUGGCGUUUGGGGAAUUCUUGUUGCUUUUGUUCUUCUUCUUAAUUUAUUAUUAUUAUUUGUUUGGAAGAAGCGUAAUAACAAAUUAUUGUUCGCCUCGUCAUCUUCUUCAUCCACACCCUCUUUGCUCUCCGAUUCUACCAAUUCAAACCUAAGAACCCCAAAGAUUGUGACUGAUGCAGAUUUGAAGUUUUUAAUGGAGGUUUUGGAUGAAAAUCUAAAUCAGAAUCAUAAAUGGGAGUCUGUCAUAGAUAAAACAAACAAUCAUCUAUGCUACAAUGCUAAAUGCUCCAACCCCAAGAAUGGACCCCUAAGAUAUUUAAGCGCAACUGUGUUCAAUGAUAUUUCAGCUGAGAUGCUAAGAAACUUCUACAUGGACAAUGACUACAGAAAGCAGUGGGAUAAGACAGUAGUGGAGCACAAUCAACUGCAGGUGGACGAAUCUGAUGGUUCUGAAGUUGGCCAAACAGUUAAAAAGUUCCCUCUUUUGAAGCCUAGAGAAUAUGUGUUAACUUGGAAGUUGUGGGAGGGGAGGGAUAAAACUUUUUAUUGUUACAUGAAGGAAUGUGAACAUCCUUUGGCACCACGACAGAGAAAAUAUGUACGAGUUGAGAUUUUCAGAUCUGGGUGGCGAAUAAGAAAAGUACCUGGUAGAAAUGCCUGUGAGAUCACUAUGUUUCAUCAGGAAGAUGCUGGUUUGAAUGUGGAGAUGGCAAAACUGGCUUUUUCCAAAGGCAUAUGGAGUUAUGUAUGCAAGAUGGAUAAUGCGCUUAGAAGAUACUCUGCCGCAAGCUGCCAUCUGUCCAGUUCAGUAACCACUUCAGUCAAUUUAAUGCAAAAGGUACCGGCUUGCUUGGAAUCUAGUACGAGCGAUGAUGUAUCUCCAGCUCAUCCCACUAUGAUUCAUGAUCAAGCUACUCAAGAAUCUCAAAUGCCUGCGAUCUCAAGAAGGCCAUCAAGGAAAUUAGUAACAAAUAGUUUACUGCUUCUAGGGGGUGCAGUAUUGCUGUCUCGUGGUCACUCUAGCCUAGGUGCUAAAGUUGUGAUGGCAUACAUCGUCACAAAAUUUAGUAAGCGAGAUCCAAAAUCAAACCAAUAAAACAAAGUUGACAGAUAAAGUAAAACAUGUUUCAAGUGUAAAGAUACUUAUAUACUUGACAACUUUUUAUAGAAUGUGAAGCUAAUCAUUUUCGGUGUUGAA